AUGUCGGGCAGCACUGAUUUAGAAGAAAUCACAUCAUCAGGUGUCGGCUCUGAAGAGGAGUCAGUCACUAUCACUUCAGGCUCUUCAUAUGUUAAACGCCGCCUCGUGGCGAGUCUUCCUUUGUUGGCGACCAACUCCCUCCGAAGUAUAUCUACAGAUGGUUCACUCGGUGGCCCGAGAACUCUCCUUGCGACCUCGGAGGGCGAACGUCGAGGAAUGAAUGCUAAAAUCACCUCGUCACGGAGCCAUUGCUCCAAGACAGCGUGGAGUUCUUCGUCAGAGCAACGCGGUAGAGGCAAGAGCUUCUUAUCAGAGCGAGAAAGUCUGGAAGACUUCUCAAAGGCAGUAAGUAUUUGUGGUGCAAAGGUGAGAAAAUUGGUUGAUCAUAAUGUUCUCCAAGUGCACCCGGUACUCCAGAAUGAUAUUGUUCAUGCAAAUGUCAACAAGCGCUCCUUCGUCACUUUCAUCAUAACAGUUAAGGGCGAGGUCGUGGAAUCUCUAGACGAAGUCCAAGAGGUCUUCUCCGUGCCUUUGUCGGGUGUUAUUAAGCUGAAUGAUCAUGACUCUUUCCUCAUUUUAGCAAUAUUUACAACAAAAAUAAGUCACCAUCUCAAACCAGCUCAAGAGCGCCGCCUUCAAUUUUUGACCAAACAGCCGUUGUUGGAGCACCUAACAUAUUUAAUAUCCAUAGAGCAUAGGAAGAACCUUCAGACAUAUAGGAGUCUCUCAGAGCAGGGGAGGUAUCUUCAGUCACAAAGGAGUCUUCUAAAGCAUGGGAAGCAUGUUCGUGAGGGCAUCAACAUAUCAGCCGUUAAUCAAUCUCAAAACAACAAAGCCUCUGCUCCUGCUUCGCGAAAGUCUCAGAAAAAAUCCACAAAGCCUUUGCCUCCUGAAGCUUUCUUGUCCGUGACACAUUAUGAAAAGACAUGCCCGGAUGCUGAAGCCAUCAUCCAACGAAGAAUGAGAGCUUGGAUCAACCAGGAUCCCACCUUGGCUCCCGCCAUCAUUCGCUUGCAUUUCCACGACUGCGCCGUCAGGGGUUGUGAUGCGUCAGUUCUGCUGAACCACAGAGGCAGCGAGAGGAGAGCUCAGGCUAGCAAAACCCUAAGAGGCUUCCGAGUAAUAGACGACAUCAAAUCCGUCCUCGAAAAGACAUGUCCGAAGACCGUCUCAUGCGCCGACAUCCUAACCGCCGCCGCAAGGGACGCCACCAUCUUCGCGGGAGGCCCGUUCUGGGAAGUCCCAUUCGGCCGCAAAGACGGCAGAAUCUCCAUGGCCAAGGAGGCCGACGCCGUUCCUCACGGCCGCGAAAACGUCACCGGACUCAUCGAUUUCUUCAAGUUGCGCGGCCUCAACAUGCUCGACUUGGUCGUCCUCUCGGGCUCACACACCAUUGGAAGAAGCUCUUGCUUUUCGUUGCAGCACAGGCUAGGAAAAAGUCCUGAUCGCUCGCUUAACGUCACCUACUUGAACCUCUUAAGGAACAAGUGCAGAUCAUCGCCGCAUAACUUGGUGGAUCUGGACGUUACUACUCCCAAGGCUUUCGAUACAAUGUACUACACGAAUCUUGCGAGCAAAAAGGGUUUGUUGUCAACCGAUCAGCUGCUGUUUUCGGAUGAAAGAACGUCUCCUUUUGUGUCGGCUUUGGUUUCUCAGCCUCAGCUUUUUGAGACCCAGUUUGCGGUGUCAAUGGUGAAGCUUGGGAAUGUCCAGGUCAAGACGAGGCCUAUUGACAAAGGCGAGAUCAGAGUCAAUUGUAAUUUUGUCAAUGCUGCUUGA